UGACAAAAGUGCAAGUGCAAUUUUAGCAGCAGGCGGCGGCAGGCUAAAAGUAAAUGCAAAUAUUUUCGGUCACUGCCGCCAGCAGACAGCCAGCCAAUAGCCGAAAAAAAUAAAUUAAACAGGCCCAGCACACCGAGUAGAGGGAGCGGCACGGCAGUAACACUCGGCAGCGACAAUUUAUUUCGACGAGGCCGGCGUCGAGCGAGCGCGCCCAUCGUCCAAUAAAUCUGAUCGAACGACGAAUCCCAUAUCGACAGCCCCAAACAGAAACACAAACAGGCAGCAUGACGAGCCGCCAGCGGACGGUGAUUAUUUUCAAAUCGGAAUCGGAUAGCACCGAUGUGUACGCGGAGACGCUGUUGGGGCACAACUUCAAUCCGGUGUUCGUGCCGACGCUGUGCUUCGGCUUCAAGAACCUGCAGGAGCUGGGCAACAAGCUACAGACGCCGGACAAAUACGCGGGCAUCAUCUUCACCAGUCCACGGUGCGUGGAGGCCGUCAACGAGGCGCUGCUGCUGGGCGAACUGCCAGGUGGUUGGAAGCUGUUGCAUAACUAUGCCGUCGGCGAGGUGACCCACAACCUGGCCCUCAGCACGCUGCAGCAGCUCUUCACGCACGGCAAGCAGACGGGGAAUGCCCGCAACCUGGGCGAGUACAUUGUGGACACGUUCGAUGGGUCGCGCGAUCUGCCGCUGCUGCUGCCGUGCGGCAAUCUGGCCACCGACACCCUGCUCUCGAAGCUUGCCGAGAACGGCUUCUGUGUGGACGCCUGCGAGGUCUACGAAACGAAGUGUAGCCCCCAGCUGGGUGAGUGCGUGGAACGGGCACUGAAGGAGGCCGGCGACAGCGUCGAAUUUCUGGCCUUCUUCUCGCCCUCGGGCGUCGCCUGUGCCAUGGAGUACUUCCGGGCGCACAACAUUUCGCUGGAACCGUGGAAGCUGGUGGCCAUCGGGCCGAGUACACGGCGUGCCCUGGAGUCGCAGGGCCAGAAGGUCUACUGUACCGCGGAGCGGCCGACGGUGGAGCAUCUGGUGAAGGUGCUGCUCAAUCCGCAGGACAGCAGGGAGCGGCUGGUGCGUGAGCGGGAGCAGAUGCAGGAGCUCGAACGGGCUGCGGCCGCCGCCGCCGCUGCCCUGGAAAACAAUUAGGAUCUGAUUCAUUAUUAUUUAUAGCCGUGACUGUCCGUCGACAAAAUGUACAAAAAAGAAAUGACCGGGGCCCGGCAUUGAAUGCUGUGCGCGGUUUUGUUUGUUUCUUAAUCGAAAAUCAUUCACCUCCCAUCGAAAUAAAUUUUUGUUUUCUUUUGUUUUAAUCCAAA